AUGUACCUUGAAAUUAUUGAUGCCAACUACUCAUUUAUCGAUAUUUGUGCCAUUCCAGUGGCAUUCCUGUUCAACUGGAUCGGUUUCCUGCUGCUGAUGUGUUUCUGCCACACGGUGGCGAGCCGCUACGGUGCAUUGGCCGGCUUCGGUCUGUCGUUGGCCAAGUGGACUCUCAUCGUGAAGCACUCCACCGAGCUCGCGUCCCACGAGAACUCCUGGCUGUGGUGGCUCAUCAUGGCUUUCGGUAUCUUAAUCUGUGUGCGCGCCAUCAUCCAAUACCUAAACAUCAAACGCGGUUGGCGCCUUCUCUCUGGCACGGCGCAAGAGCGACUGCUGUUCUUCUACUAAACACCACCCCUCUCGCUCUCACAGCGCUCGCCACGCUGUGCGGGAAAGAGAUGGAUAUACGUCUAUUUGUUCGUGUAGCUCAUAGGGAUAGCGUUUUCUCGUCUCUAUGCUAGUGACAUGUUUGAUUGCUUCGUUAAUCGUUACUAGUUAACGCCAUAGAUGUGACUAAGAACUUUAUUCAUACACUUCUGACAAAAAAUAUACUAGGUCUAUUAUGGCUACAUUAUUAUUUAUGGUUAAAAUUGUUUUAUUAUUGACAUUUAAUUCAUUAUUUAUUUGUAAUUCAUUGGGAUACCUACAUAUAGAAAUUUCAUAACAUUGUGUCAAUUGUCUUCAGAAUUCAUCAUAAUGUAGCCAUUUUAGUCGUAUUGGUCUGUGUUCUUAUGACAUUGACACUGAAGAAUGCGUCCUGUUUAUGAAUAAGGUGCUUUGAUACUUUGCAAUGAAGACUAUUUUUGUAUGUCAGAUUCAAGUUUGUAACGUCCUUAUCCAGUGGAACGAAAUAAUGGGGCCGUUUGGCGGAAAAAAGCGCUUGUAAGCAAAAUGGUAAUCGCUAAGCUCAGCUAAAAAAUGAAUUGAAACGCGUCAAUAUUGAAGUUAGCAAACGUGUCCUCGGCGAAAACUGCCGUAGCGAUCGCCAUUUUGGUUUAAAGCGCUUCCAAGCGCUUUUAUCCGCCAAACGCACCCAAAGUCUAUACUAAUGCUAACUUCAUACAUCACUCUAUAUUGAAAGGAUUGUUGUCUGUCGAUCUACUCUACGAUGAACAGUACAAAUUGUUGUUUGUUUACAUCUGGUUGUGUUAUGAAGACAUGAAACUCCAGGUAUUGAAUUUCAGACUUAUUUCGUCAAUUAUUUAGGUCCUAAAUCCAUUUUCAAAGUAUUAGGUUCAUUAAGAUUCAAUUUUAAAAGUG